GAAAGUUUUCCAAUCUUCUUGCAGAUUCGGAUUUGCAAUUGACAUUUUGUAAACAUUUUAUUGUUUUUGCCUUUUUUGCCUUUUUUAGACUAGACAGACGAAGUUGAAGAGUCUGCAGUGUCUCCCCUCUGCGUUACGCAAGGAAGACAAUCAAUGUCCCCCCUCUGCGUUUAUGCAAGGAAGACAAUCGGUCAGUGUUGUACAAUUGACAAUCAGUAGCUUGACAGACUCAGGCUGACCUACGAGACCAGACACGUGCACCGUCUUAUAUCACCAACAGGGCCUUUCACCAAUGAAAACCUGUGACCCGGACAAAGAACCAGAAGCUCGGAAUGUCAUAGUGUCAUCUUAAGCGAGCAUGGAUCAUGUUGAAAAAGAAGACAAUACUUCAGGGCAGGACGUCCCUUUGGUUGCUGUCAACAAGCCAAAGUUAAAAGAACAAACAAGCACCACAAGCACUACAAGCAGCAAGAAAGUGACCCGUAGCAAGACCAAGCCCCUCUACUUCUGGACAAGUGCUGACGUGAACAAGUGGCUCAAGAAACAUGGAGGGCACAGCUAUGACCUGUAUGGGGACUUGUUCCUGCAGCAAGAUGUUACGGGAAGAACUUUGAUACGUCUUACUGAGUAUAAACUAGAGAAGAUUGGAAUUACAAAUACGCAACAUAGACACGAGCUCAUGCAUUAUGUGUUAAAACUACGACUGAAACAUGAGAAUAACGACCUGAAGAACCUUGAUCAGAGAGGCUCGGGGUUUGAACUACCAGUGCCAGAUACAAAACGACAGUCAGUAAAGAAAAAAGAAGAGAAGAGAUAGCAGGGCAGACAACAUCUCUUGUGAACCUGCCACUGUAUGGAACCUUACAGACGGCCAUUGUUAGCUGCCUUGUCAUAAUCUCGCAUUCUUUGCUUUGAUGUCAACUAGUUAUUAUUGAUAAGAAAAGUUAAUACGUAUAGAGAUUAGUCUCACCAAUAAAAUGCAUUAAAAAAUACAAUUAUUAAAACAUCAUGGGCAAUUUUUUCAGUGAAAUGAAAUUAUAAAACAAUUUAUUUUGAAAACCCAAAAAAAAAUUAUGCUUCAAUGUUAUACAUGUAGGAUGUUCCUGUAAUAGUUGCUUUCUCCAAAACAAAGCUCAACGUUUUAAGUUCAAAAAUAAAUUUGUUUCAAUGGCGUAUUUUUCAUUUAUAAUAAUUUGGUUAAUGCGCAAUAUUUGUUUUCGGUUUUCCAGAAUGUUUGUAGCUUAACCCACUAAUGCCAAGCGUCUAGUAAAAGCCCUUGGCAAACAGCGUAGACCCAGAUGAGACGCCGCAUGAUGCAGCGUCUCAUCAGGGUCUGCGCUGUUUACUUAAAGAAAUUUCUGUAAGAAAUAUAAUAAAUAUAGAAAUAAAUAUCCUAAACAUUCCUUCAUUUUGGAAAUAAAUUGAUUCAAUUUAGAAGGAUGGGAGAGUCCACUGGGCAUAAAUGGGUUAAGACUUUGGUGAAAUCAGUCUACAUUACCUGCAGCAAUAAAUAAAUGUCUGUUCGUCCUGUCUGUGAACAUUUAGUUUUUGAGCAAAUUAUUCGUGCAUUUAUGUGUGCUUAAAAUAUAUUUGAGCCGUGCUCUGGCAAAACAAACUGGUGCAUGAAGUAUCCUUCCAGAUUAUAUUGAGCUUUUUUUGUUUUAAUGUUAUGACUCUUUUAGCUAAUGAUAAGUUUGCAGAUCUGGUGCUUUUGUAUACUUUAUCAUCGGUCAGAUUUUAAUUUUCAUUAACAAAAAUGUAGAAGUUUUCUGUAUUGGGGCAUGUUUUAAAGCAGUGAAGUUGGUAGCCAUUAACCCAUUUAUGCUUAGCGUCUAGAAAAAAGGCCUUGGCAAACAGCGUAGACCCCUGAUGAGACGUCGCAUGAUGCGGUGUCUCAUCUUGGUCUGAGCUGUUUGCUUAAAGGAAUUUCUGUAAGAAGUAUUUUAAAUAUAGAAAUAAAUGAACUAAACAUCCCUUAGUUUGGAAAUAAAUUGAUCCAAUUUAGAAGGAUGGGAGAGUCCACUAGGCAUAAAUGGGUUAAUCAUGGCACUUGUUUGCUAGCCUGUCGUCCCUAAGUUUGUGUUUUCAACUCCUGGGUGGGGCCUUCUCAAACAUUGAAGGCUGAUUGUCCUUUAUGUGUUUAUCAUGAUUCAGAAAUGCAUUUUGGCCUCUGCUAUAUUUAUUUAAACUUGUAUAGUAAAUAACUUUCUCUGAAACUGCGAGGGUUAGGGGUCAAAUAUUUGCGACGUAACAACGGAAACUGAUUCUCAACAAAGUAUGUUAUAAUCAUGUCCCUCGGGCCAAAAUUGGCCGUUUCCAGGGGAAGCAGAUUUGUUUUAUGGACUGUAGUAAAUAAAAAUUCACCUCUGAAGCCACAAGUCCAAGAGCUUUUGAUAUUUGAUAUAAAACAUCAGAUGGUCCUGUACAAAGUUUGUUCAAAGCAUGUCCCUUGAAAAUAUAGUACAAAUAUGAUGUUUAUUAAUACUAUAGUUUGUAUUAACUGGCUGGCUAUAUUUUCACUAUACUGGCUUAUCAUAUAGUUAUUAUAGCUAUGUAGCUGUUUGAUAGAGCUUGGAAGUUUUACUUUAAAAUGGCAAACAAUGAUCCAUGGCAUAUUUUUUACCUGAAAAAGGUUAUUCAAGUUGAUGGCAUAAAUAAGUGUACACAAAUAUGGUUCUGCUCAAGUAUAUACUAUAAAAAAGUGUGUAGAUAAGAAAAGUUAUAUUUGAUAUUAAAUAGAAUAAUAGAAACAAUAAGUGUUUGGCUUAGUAUACAUGUUAAGCGUACAAUUGUCCAGAUAUUACAUCAAUCUUACAACAGCGGGAGACACAACAAUAAUCGUUGGGACACAAAUCACUGUAAAAUGGAUAAAAAAGGUUGUUCAUACAUUUUAUGAAACAGAGACAAGAUGUUAAAUAUCUUAAAUGAACGUGACAGAUUUAAAGAAUUACAUUAACAUGUGUUGUCACUUUUUUCUUUGGACAUUCUUGUUUCCCAUCUACUGUAUAAUGUAGAAAUGAAUAAUUCUUUUAAAAUAUUUUUAUGCCUCCGAAAGAGGGCAUAUAGUGAUCGGACUGUCCGUCUGUCUGUCUGUCUUUCCGUCACACUUUGCACUUAGGUUUUGCGUUUAGGUUUCGUAAAAUGCUCAUAUUUUGCUUAUUUUAUGAGAGAUCUAUUGUUAUGCGUGCACGGUGUAUUUGCACUUGUUAUUGCCUUGCAACACAUUUGCUUUGUUUAUGUUCAUGUAUUAGCUUACUAAUUAGUGGUACAGAAUUUUGCCACCCAUUAUUUUAAGAAUACUCUUAGGGAAACACAUAUUCUUUAGAAGUAGUCAGUUGUUAGAAUGUUUUGUUAUGAUGAAAGUCUUCAUAAUGAAUUUGAUGUGAUGUUACUUUUGUAUAAGCGUUUAAGUUGUUCCAAAAUUUUGCUUGGAAACAUUCGUCAGAUUUUCUUGUUUUUAUAUCUAUUUAUACAUGUAUUGACUUGGACAAGAUUAACUUACACAUUUGCUGUGUUCUAUCUUGAUAUACUUAAUUGGAAGCUUUGUGCAUAAGUCUUAAAAAUCGGUCUAUCGAAAAAAAUGAGACUACAUUUGUAUUAGUGGCUUAUAACUUUUUACAUGUGAUCUUCAAAGUGCACCAAAAGUUUCGGUGUCAAAUCAACAAAUAUAUUACAAUAAAUAUCACAACUCUGUUGACAUGUCAUUCGUUUGAUAAAAUGGACAUGAUUUUUUUAGAACAAGGCUAGCACUUUUUGAUUUCUUUUGUAAGAAUUGCAAAUCAAAAUAUAUUCUACUUUAUCAUAGAGGAUGUUACAUGUUAGUACUGGUACAUUAUUCAUAGGCAUGAAAGCAAGCAACAGCGGUAAAAUAAUCUUUUUCCAUGAUAAUAUUUUGUGCAAUUUGCUUUUUUGUUAUGGCUCUUGUUCUUUGUGACUGUUUUGUUUAGCAUCAGGUGUUGCAACUUUAUUGUAUAUUGAUAUUUAAAUAUUUUGUUAUAAUGCAUACAUGUAUAAUUUUU